AAGGUGUGUUCUUCCACAUUCGGGAUAAACGUGAAUGCAAGAAAAUGGCUUCGAAAGUCUCCUGUUUAUACGUCUUGACAGUCGUGUGCUGGGCCAGCGCGCUCUGGUACUUGAGUGUCACUCGUCCUACUUCUUCCUACACUGGCUCCAAGCCGUUCAGCCACCUCACAGUUGCCAGGAAAAACUUCACCUUUGGCAACAUAAGAACUCGACCCAUCAACCCUCAUUCUUUUGACUUCCUUAUAAAUGAGCCAAAUAAAUGUGAGAAAAACAUUCCUUUCCUUGUUAUCCUCAUCAGCACCACCCACAAGGAAUUUGACGCCCGCCAAGCAAUCCGAGAGACGUGGGGGGAUGAGAACAAUUUUAAAGGGAUCAAGAUAGCUACUCUGUUCCUCUUGGGCAAGAAUGCUGAUCCUGUUCUAAAUCAAAUGGUGGAGCAGGAGAGCCAAAUCUUCCACGACAUCAUUGUGGAGGACUUCAUCGACUCCUACCACAACCUCACCCUCAAAACAUUAAUGGGCAUGAGAUGGGUGGCCACAUUUUGUUCAAAAGCCAAGUAUGUCAUGAAAACAGACAGUGACAUUUUUGUAAAUAUGGACAAUCUUAUUUAUAAACUGCUCAAACCCUCCACCAAGCCCCGAAGAAGGUAUUUUACUGGCUACGUAAUCAACGGAGGGCCCAUCCGGGAUGUCCGCAGUAAGUGGUACAUGCCCAGAGAUUUGUACCCUGACAGCAACUACCCGCCCUUCUGUUCGGGGACUGGCUACAUCUUUUCAGCCGAUGUGGCUGAACUCAUUUACAAGACCUCACUCCACACAAGGUUGCUUCAUCUUGAAGAUGUGUAUGUGGGACUGUGUCUCCGGAAGCUGGGCAUACAUCCCUUCCAGAACAGUGGCUUCAAUCACUGGAAAAUGGCCUACAGUUUGUGUAGGUAUCGCCGUGUGAUCACUGUGCAUCAGAUCUCGCCCGAAGAAAUGCACAGAAUUUGGAAUGACAUGUCAAGCAAGAAACAUCUCAGAUGUUAGGAUUUUUACCCAUGUAAAUAUUUUUCAUUUCUUUUCUAAGAAACGGGGCCUAAGGUGUUGGUAUUUUA